UCCUUUCCAUGUUGUAGUUUUUUAGACAGUCAAACUGCCCUUUCUCGUACUGGUCUCUAAAACUGAUAUCUUUCAAGUUCAUACUUCAUACCGCUUAGAAACUUGAUUGUGAGCUACCUGCGUAUUGGCGACACUGGUCACUGUUUCAACCAAAGUGCUACCUAGCUAGCUUCAACAGGUGCCAUCCGACGCAGGUUUGCUCCUUUACUUCGAUCGGUAGUGGUACCCUUCUCAGUUUAACUUGGCCAUGUCAUCGGGACAAACCCAACCCUGUGGAGAAUCGGCCAGUGUUCGUUCCUCUGUGGAGGGCGCCAUGACUGGCCGACUCGCUGUCGGACUGCAGGAGAUGAAGAGCAGUGGAGUUUUCUGCGACGUGGUGCUGAAAGGCGCGGAAGAGUCAGCCGCCGGGAUCCCCUGUCAUCGCCUGGUGCUCAGCGCCCAAAGUAGCUACUUUCGUACCAUGUUUGCAUCGGACUGGAAGGAGUCUUCUGAAAAAGAGAUCCAGCUGCACAAUAUUCCGAGUAACACACUGCGCAAGUUGGUGGAUUAUGCGUACGCUUUGCCAGUUCUCAUUGACCACGACAGUAUUCAGCCACUGCUCGCUGCGGCGAUAUUUUUGGAUUUCCCUCACGUCGCUACGCUGUGCUGGGAUUUCUUGGAAAAGCACAUGGAUGUGUCCAGUUAUCUGCAGGUUUCUUCGUUGGCCAAGAUGCAUAAUAAUGCGCGUCUAGCUGAGAAGACCAGAAGUUUAAUCUUGCGUCAUUUUGUGAAAAUUGCUCAAAGCACUGAAUUCUUGCUCGUCGAUGCAGAAACGAUCAUGGAGCUGGCUGCUUCUGACGAUUUGCGCGUUGAAAGCGAGGAUGAAGUGUUUGAGGCUGUGAAACGCUGGUUUGAUUACGACCACACUGGACGUCACGCACAGCUAUCGGAUGUUUUGCAGUACAUCCGUGUGCCCUUUCUUUCGCCGAAGCGACUCGAAGAUUAUUUUUUGGCUCUUUUCAAUGGGCUUAUUAGCUCUACCGCAUUGAAUGGUUCAUGCCAGUCCAACAUUAUCGAGCAACUUCCUGGUCGAAGAAGUGAAGCAAUACCCUCUCGAUGUCGGCCACGGGAAUCAUACGGUUCUCCGAAGGUGAUAGUAUGUGUUGGUGGCUUGGAUCAUGACGAGAACAUACUGGAUGCAGUGCAAAUUUUCAGUCCAUCAAUCUCGGGUGUUUGGCUUCUCGAAAGAUCAAAACGUCCGCAACCUGUAGCUGGAUGUGGCUUGGUGACUGCGGAAGACAACUCGCUUAUUAUUUGUGGUGGAGUGGAAGCAAAAGCUUCGGAUUGCUUAAAGCGAGUUUGUCAGCUGGAUUUGUUAGUGAACGAGUGUACUGAUCUGGCACCCAUGCAAGUCGGUCGAGCUUUUGGAGGUGUAGCCGCUCUUAAUGGCCGUAUUUACGUGGCCGGUGGCUGCACCGAUGAAGCUACCAUGGAAUUUUAUAAUGCAGAUAAAGAUGUCUGGCAGUCUGCGGCUGGUCUACCGCUUCCGUUGGUUGGCUUUGCCAUGGUCGCUUCCCGGGACCGGGUGUACACGUUUGGAGGAUGCUCAGAACCAGAAGCAGAUCAUCCUGUUAAUUCCACCUUCUGUUACAAUCCAGAAACGGAUGCGUGGAGUAAACUAGCGGAUAUGCCAACUGCGCGAAGCUUUUGUAGCGCCUGUGUGGGUCCCAAUGGCUACAUUUACGUUAUUGGUGGCGAAAAUUCCGGCGAGGCUUUGCGUUGCGUCGAAGCGUACGAUCCGACGAGUGGUCAGUGGUUGAAAAAGCGUGAUACGAUCAACGAGCAUUGCGCAGCUGGAUAUGCGUACGUGGAUGGCAAGAUUUACGUUCUGGGUGGCUGUUCUGAAGAUACCGAUUCGGAUAUCGAGGUGUACGACGAAGAUGCCGAUGUAUGGAACCCGCAUCCCUGUCGAUUUUCAGAGGCCAAAACAGCCUUCGGCUGUGCGGUAAUGACUAUAAAAAAGGGGCAGUGUCUAACUGGUCAACUGAAUCUGGACUCUCCUUAACCUUGAAAGUGAGGGAAGUAAAGGACGGCGCUUCGGGAUGCUGCGACACAAAACGUUUUACACAGCGGUCUUUCGAAUUUUGUAUUAUGAGUUUCG